AUGAACAAAACACAAAAGCCUUCAUCGUCUUUGCGUGCGUCUUCAUCAUCAUCAACGAAUAAUUCUUCAUCAUCAUCUCGACAACAAAAAUCAUUGGGAUAUUCUAAAGAACAAUCAUCAAAACAAAAGACCACUUCAUCAUCGGGACAAGAGGAUGGUGAGGAAAUUAGUACAUCCGUUAAAUUAGAUGUUUGCAAAACAUUUGAGGAAAUGGAUUUAAGUGAUGAUUUGUUACGUGGAAUUUAUCAAUAUGGAUUUACAAAGCCAUCAGCGAUUCAACAGAGAGCUAUUAAACCCAUCAUUCAGGGAUAUGAUUUAAUUGCUCAAAGUCAAUCCGGAACUGGAAAAACUGCAACUUUCUCGAUUGCUAUUUUGCAAAUGUUGAACAUUAAACAAUUACAUCCACAGGCCAUUGUUCUUUCUCCAACUCGUGAGCUUGCACAACAAACUCAAAAAGUAAUGUCAUAUUUAGGAGAUUAUCUUCAUGCUCAAGUUCAUGCUUGUGUUGGAGGAAACAAAGUAGGAGAAGAUAUUAAAAAAUUAGAACAAGGAGUACAUGUUGUGAGCGGUACUCCUGGACGAGUUUUUGACAUGAUAAGACAGCAACACUUAAAUGUAAAGCACGUAAAAGUUCUAGUUUUGGAUGAAGCAGAUGAAAUGCUGAGUCAAGGAUUUAAGGAACAAAUUUAUCAAAUUUAUAGAAUGUUAAAUAAUACACAAAUCGUACUCAUUAGUGCUACGCUACCAGCUGAGGUUUUGGAAAUUACUCAACAAUUUAUGACAGAUCCUAUUAAGAUUUUAGUGAAGCGAGAUGAAAUUACGUUAGAAGGCAUCAAGCAAUUCUUCGUAUCUGUGGAAAAAGAGGAAUGGAAAUUUGAGACGCUAUGUGAUUUAUACAAUUCAUUGACCGUUACACAAGCAGUGAUUUUCUGUAACAAACGAGACAAAGUUGAAUGGCUUGCAAAACAAAUGAAAAAGCAUAACUUUACUGUUUCUUUUAUGCAUGGGCAGAUGCCUCAAAAGGAACGAGAGGCCAUCAUGGAGGAAUUCAGAAAAGGACAAUCUAGAGUGCUCAUUACAACAGAUGUUUGGGCACGAGGUAUUGACGUUCAACAAGUGUCGCUUGUUGUUAACUAUGAUUUACCACAAAAUCGUGAAAAUUACAUCCACAGAAUUGGAAGAUCAGGAAGAUAUGGAAGAAAGGGUGUUGCAAUUAAUUUUGUGACUGAGCAGGACGUUGGCGUUCUGAAAGACAUUGAACAAUACUACUCUACGAUUAUUGAGGAAAUGCCUGCAAAAAUUGAUAAAUAUUUGUAA